AUGGGAUACUGGAAUAAAGAGCAAUAUGCUGCAUGGUCACCUUCCUCUGUACCUAAAUUAUUUCCACCAAAUCGUAGUCAUGGACCAGACUUACAAAAAAUAGUGUAUCACUUGUAUUGUUUAAAAAUGAAAUUAAAAUCAAAGGAAGAUCUAAAGAAAAUUUCGACGGAAACUCGUAAAUAUCUUAAUUUGAUGUUUCGAUCAGUAUGUUCAUGUCAAGAUUUCAAAGAUUUACAAAAUCCUUUGAUAAGAGACAGUUUGGAUAUUGCGUUAUCCGAUAUUCUUGACAAUAUCAUUCCUAGUAUCGAACUAGGGAAUCCACCGCCGUUUAUUCCUUUUCGUGAAACUUCUUACACGAUGUUAAAUGAUUUUCGAAAUAUCGAAAUGAUUUGUGAUGAUUUGAUGACUGACUUGGAAGAGUACGCGGAAAUCGACGAAGAAUUUAGUGAUCCCCAAGUCGUGACAAUUUCAAAUUGUACAUGUGAUUGGCUUAAUUUAGCCUUUUAUGUCUUGACGUUCUAUGUUCUUAAAAGGUGCAUUGCACAUAUUAGAAAGAAAAAUAUUACUUUAAAAGAGAUGGUAGAUCAACAAGUGGCCGAUUUAAAGAAAAUCCCAAUCGAAUUGGUAGAUUAUCAGAUCCACUUUAAAAAUGAUAACAACGUUGCACCAACACAAUCUGAUAAAAAUAAUAUACCCUAUCUUGCACUAGUUAAACCCUCCGUUUUGGAUUUGACUAAAAAAAAACAAUGUGCAAUUUCAAAUAUUCAUACCUGGGAAUUAGAUGCUCCUAAAGAUGUCGAAUAUAG